AUGGAUCCUCCGUCACCAGGUGCUCUCAGCCAGCCCCAGGCGUUUGGCCUCUUGGCGGCGUACACCCUCGUCUAUGUGCUCCCUCUCUAUGCGUCUUCGCAGACAAGAGCUGCCCCUGGCAAGUCAAGAGACGCUCCCGAGGCCAUUCGCGCCAGGAUAUUCGUCGUCUCACUGGCUACCACCGCGUGCUCUCUCGUUACGUUUCUGCUCUUGCCCUAUGUCUGCACCUCAGCGGCCGCCACCAGCUGUAGCCCGCUGCAUCUGAUGGGCUAUUGGCCGCUUGGCCUGGUCGAGACGCUCAAAAGCUGUCUUCUGACGGGCCUGCUCUUUGCCGCACCCCUUUACGAGUGCCUCAUCGUUGACGGCGUCUGGCGAGAAUGGGCUUCCGGUCUUCAGCCUCUCCGGGAAAUCUGGGCUGAAUGGCCCACCUGGCGAAACCUGGUUGCUGGCCCCAUCACCGAAGAAUGUCUAUUCCGCUCCGCCGCCAUCCCACUGCUCCUGGUGGCAGGGUCUAGCAUCAGCAGAAUCAUCUUCCUAUCUCCCGUUGUCUUUGGCCUUGCUCACCUUCACCACUUUUACGAAUUUCGCAUUACCCACCCGCAAACGCCCCUGGUGGCUGCCAUUGCCCGCUCUGUUCUGCAGUUUUCGUAUACUUCCCUCUUCGGAGCCUACGCAAACUUUGUCUUUCUGCGGACCGGAUCUCUUCUUGCCGUCAUUCUGGUCCACACAUUCUGCAACUCCAUGGGCUUGCCUCGCGUUUGGGGCGCUGUCCAGCCGUAUUGGCUUGCCGAAGCUGACUCUUCGCGUCCGAGACACACGUUCUUGUGGUCUGGGAUUUAUUACGUGCUGCUCAUUGGUGGCUCAGUUGCGUGGUGGAAGAACUUUUAUCCUCUAACUGAGUCGCCUAUUGCUCUGGCAGUAUUCUAG